UACUUUGCACUCAUAAAAAGUUUGCUUGGAUACCCUGCUAACACUAUAGCCAUUAUAUAAAAAAAAGACAAGAGAAGAAUUUUGAGCAAUCUGUUUGAAUAUUUCUGUUAAUAUUUCUUACCAAGAGUCUUUGAUUGGGAUUACAUCAUUAUGUUUCUGGUUCUUCUAGCAACCCCUGAACUGAAGGAUUUCUUCACAAAAGCCAGGAAUGGAUCAGUGCGUCUUAUAAAGGUUGUCAUUGAAGAUGAGCAGCUAGAGCUUGGGGCAUAUCGAGAACCUAAUAGGAGCUGGGACAGAGACUACGAUCCUUUUGUGCUGCCACUAUUGGAUGAACAGCAGCCAUGUUACAUCUUGUACAGGUUAGAUAGCCUAAACGCUCAAGGCUAUGAAUGGCUCUUCAUUUCCUGGUCUCCAGAUCAUUCCCCGGUCCGACUGAAGAUGUUGUAUGCAGCUACCAGAGCUACAGUAAAGAAGGAGUUUGGUGGUGGUCACAUUAAGGAUGAAAUGUUUGGAACUCUCAAGGAGGACAUAUGCUUUAGUGGUUACCAGAAACACCUCUCGGCAUGCUCUGGGCCAGCACCUCUCACAGCAGCGGAACAGGAACUACAACAGAUUAAAAUCGAUGAGGGAAGAGUUGUCCAGUGGAAUACCGUACACAGUGUGCCUAGCAGCUGGAGAGUAAGACAGCAGAGUCAUGUUUCAUCGGUAAAGACAGACAUCAGUGUGGAGAGCAAACAUCAAACCCUUCAAGGGAUAUCAUUCCCACUGCAAGAGGAAGCAAGAAAGGCAAUCCUAUUAUUGCAGCAGAAAAAAAUUAAUUACGUACAGCUGAAACUUGACACUGAGAAUGAGACAGUUGAACUGGUCCACACACAACCAACAGAAAUUGUAGAUCUUCCAAAAAGGGUUCCCAAGGACUCUGCACGCUAUCACUUCUUUUUGUAUAAACAUUCUCAUGAGGGUGACUAUCUUGAGUCCUUCGUGUUCAUUUACUCGAUGCCUGGCUACAAGUGUAGUAUUAAGGAACGCAUGCUGUACUCUAGUUGUAAGAAUCGGUUACUGGAUGAAAUUGAGCUAGACUAUGGAGUGGAUAUAGCAAAGAAGAUUGAAAUUGAUAAUGGCGAUGAACUCACAGCAGAUUUCCUGUAUGAAGAAGUCCACCCAAAACAACAUGCAUACAAACAGGCUUUUGCCAAGCCCAAGGGACCUGCUGGAAAACGUGGCCAAAAGCGACUCAUUAAAGGCCCAGGAGAGAAUGGAGAUGACAGCUAGAUUCCAAAACAUCACCAAACUAAAACUAGAAAUAAGGACUGUGAACUUUUAACAAUAUGAGCUUCACUGUAGUAUUAAAAAGCAAACAAUCGCAUUACUAAAAUGUUAAUUUUUACCAGGUAAAUACUUUCUUUGCAUUUUUGGGCUACAUGCUAUUUUCCAGUACUGUUACAUAUUCCUUGGAUGUGGGAUACUUCAAGUAGCAACACAAAUGGACGAAAAAUUACUGGAAACUUUCACUUUACCUUGGUCUGUUACUAAAUUUGAGUUUACAAAAAAUAGUAAUGUUACUUUACUGUUGUGUUUUAAGCAGCCAUUCUGUGCAAAUGCCACAUGAGGUGGCUGUCAAAGAGCCCAAGAAUGUAAUGAUUUGUGUAUUGCAUUUCUGGAAUUGUAGAAAUGGUCUGUUUAGGUUUUCAGACAACCCCCCCCCCCUCCACACACACAGUUUUUUGAAAAACUCACGAUUUUGUAAUGGACCACUUCUCAUUAAGAAGUUUUGGUGCUUAGUUUCCAUAUGCAAUUGGGUAGGCAGGGUGGUCAUGCAAUAAGGCUUGAUGGACUAUGUAGGAUAACUGCACUUUUUGGAAGAAAGAACAGGCGACCCUUUUGCGCAUGAGAUAUGCUGUUAUCUUACAGUGAACACAAAUGGGAGUGCUUUUUCAUUGAGUCAUUGAAUGGAUUACUUGAUUUUUAAGCUUAGAGCCUUCUAAUGUAAUUCAGAAGCAUAAGUAUUUUUGACUUGUGCAAUAGAACCACAUAGUCAAGUAGAGAAAAAUUGCCAGUCACAUGACAGCAUUUUCUCACUGCCUUUUUUUUUUAUAAUUGAAUCUUUGUAACAGAAUUCUGUCUCCUUUAAAGUGCUCUUUAGGAAUUGCUGAACUCAUAACCUCCAUUUUCUUGGUAUUAUUCGCACACCAGCAAAUUCCUUUAGGGUGUAAAAAGAGAAUGGUGUUUAAAGAUACUAGAUCAUGUACACAUACAAAAAAGUGUCUUUUGAACAAAAUAAUUUACUUAUAUUUAUAACAUGGACCAUGAAAUUUGUAACCUCAUUGGUUUACAGUGGUUACAGUGAUUAUUUUGUGAUAAAUAUAGACUUGUGAACAACAUGGCAGAUUUAAACUCAUUUUGUACGUACAGUGAAGUACUCCGUAAUGUGUAUUCCUAUUGAAUAAUUCACUUGAUGGGUGGUUUGCUAAUUAAGUGCUUUGUUUUUUGAUCGUAAUAAUCACUUAGUGGGCAUUCUUUCUACAUAACAGCACUCCUUAUCAUGCAGUAGCCAUUGAGAGGACAUCAACAGUGUAAUCAAGACAUUACUCAAGGUAGCUUGUGCUACUGCUCUGUAGCCGUCUGGAACUCCACAUCAUUAAAACAGGUGUACUUUCUAUCAGCAGAUAUUAACAGAAAAAGCAUCAGGUCUUGAUCUUUGUGUGUAUAUGCAUGUGUUCUUGUGUUGGGUGUUUGCUACUAAACAUUUCAGCUCAGUCAAAGAAAUCAUCAGAAGCCAUGAUGUUUAUGAGUCAUGUUGCAUUACAUGUUUGAUUUCUGAGAUAGUAACAUUGCCAUGCUGUACUGCAUAUGAGACCUCUUAACCACACAGUGCAUACCUUGUUAUAAUAUAGUGCAUUACGCAUACAGGUUAAAAGAGGUUUGGUUAGCAACUGCUUAUAUUGCAGUGCAUUUGGAAACUCAUUUUGCAAAUGACAGUAGAGCAUUAUAUCACAAUUCAGCUUUGUAUGUUACCAUAUAUUCAGAGAAAAGAAAUGCAUAUAAUGUAUUACACAUGUAACCACAUAAACCUCUGAAAACAUCUUGCAGUUGUAACUUUGGAAGUCCUUAAUAUGUAUUUCUUCUUUCAAUGUACAUCAACUUAGGAGUCCUCUGAUGUAUAUUUGGGAACAUUGUACAUGAUGUGUGUGUGUGUGUGUGUGUGUGUCUGUGUGUGUAUAUAUAUAUAUAUAUAUAUAUAUAUAUAUAUAUAUAUAUAUAUAUAUAUAUGCCCUUGAAAUUCCCUGGUAAUUAAUGUACUGUGUAAGUGACCUUGAAAACUGCUAAUACUGAUUGAGUCAUACAGUUAAUAACAUCAGUAAUCUUAACAAAUCCUUAUUCACCAUCUCAUCACAAUGCAUCUCUCUAGGUGCGACAUAGUAGACUUUUGUGUAAUGAGUGAGUGCAAUGCACAGUAUUGGUUUUGUGGCCUUGUAUGCAGAGCACUGUGUGUACAGUAGAUAUGCGUAGUAAAUGGCUGGUUGUUGUGGGAAGUAGUUUUUAAGUGGACUUCUUCAACCUUUACUGCCUUAAUAAAUCCUCUGUUACCAUGUGUGCAGUGCAGAUAUGCUCUCUCACAGCCACAUAUCUGGAAAUGGCACAAUGUCUACUGUAGACACGACAUUCAGACUCUGUAACAGAAUGUUAUUUUUACAGCUGCAAGAGCAGAGUGGUGCCCCUGCUACCUUAUCACAUGCCAUCUUUGCUAAAGUGAGCCAUAGGGCAUUACUGUUUCGCUGAGUUUUUAACUUAACAUGACAAUCCUUGUAGGGCCUUAAUUGUUUUUAUAGGAAAAUAAAACUCAAGCUAGACUCGUUUUAGAAGAUACAGUGUGUCAGGGAAAAUGUCUUUAAUAAGCUAAUUUGUUGUAUUUCCUCACAGCACUUAUAUCUUACCAAUGGCUGAUUUGAACAGAAGGCUUGCUUUGUCUCCACUUUUCUGCAGUUAUAUAAUAAUACCUGCUGUUUUAUUUCCUGUUUAAAUCUGUUCUGUGAGAAAGUUUUCCCUUCUGUAGUUGACUCUGGUUGCAGUUCCCCACCCAUCCAGUAAAUAUAUGCUCCUCUGAAAUGGCCAUUUACAAUUACAGUUCAAAUUGCUUCCUGUACUUCCAAAAUCCAUAAUCUGUGAUCUGAUGUCAUUUUCAUUCAUUCCUCAACUGUUGGGUUCAGAAAAGACUUGGCCUCUUCUUCCAGCUAGUGGAACACGGAAACUCUCAAGUUCCUCCUUUUACCCAUAAAGCCCUAGUCACUUAACAUACCUCUGAUCUUGUUUGCUGCCUUAGCAUAUGGACAUGGUCGCUGAUAACUCUUGAGUGAGAAUUAGUUUGUUUUGUGAGUUAGCAUUGUUUCAUUAUUAAUAUUUUUGCUUUUUUUCCUCCCUUUCUAUUAAAUUUAAGAAUCACUUCUCGGCCUUUUCUAAGAUCAAGUGUAGUAUUUUUAUGUAUGUUACUAUCUGACAAGCCUUCAGGAUUUAAAAAAUGCAUGGCUUGUGGCCAUAAAAUAUUUAAUUUGGAUGCACUCUCUAAGUGCUUCUGUUGCUUAGGCCUUUCUCAUCUUCCCUCUGAUUGUGAUAUAAGUAAAGGGUUUAAUUCCCGAGCUUUAAUAGAUAGAAAAAAUAAGUUUAUUCUUAGAGGACUGCUACCCUCCAAACCUGCUUCUACAGCCUGUGGGGCUCAAAUCCACAAAAUAGUUUAAAAAAGGAGUCCCUCUCUCUCUCUCUCUCCAAAGAAUCAUGAAAGAGAUCUCUGGAGCCGUCUACUUCUAUGGCUCCGGCAUCUGAACCUCCUGCUAAAGUGGCAAAAAAAUCGGAUUUGAGACCUAGAUCUGAAAACUCUCCUCGGAUCUGGUCACCUCUAAGUUCUGCCAGAUCUGUUCUCUUCUCAGCUUCCAUCUCCAUAUUUUGAACAAUCUCCUAGGCACCAUUCAAGACCAUUUUCCACAGUCUCAUCCAUUCGAUCUUCCAAAAGCCUUACAGAAGCCAAUGUGGACAGGAUGACAAAGAAGAUCCUCAAGACACAAAUCCUGUUGUGAGUUCUCCUGGCUCCAACCCCAUCAGGCCUGAAGACCCUUCUCAGUAAUACUCCUCCAUUGUUAGCUCCUUCUCCGAGCCGACCUUUGGUUUCAGAGCCAUUGGAGUCCUGGAGUCAUCCACCUUGGAUCCAUAGAUGUAGGCAUCUUCGACUCCAGUGGUGUUUCUGUGUGGUCUGCUGCAGAGCACUUUAGAACUGGAUGACUCUCCAAGCCAUAGCAUCAGUGCCAGCUUUGGAUUCAACUCAGAAGCUGUCAGAGCCAUCUCUACCUCUUGGCACCUCAGCUCCGACUCCUUCCUCGAGUGGUUUGCCUUUGGGGAUAAGGAAACUGUCCAUAAACAUGCUUUAUCAGAUCCGUUGGUGUCCUUUUUUCCAUGGCAUUCUGCCUUGAAAGUAAUGGAGAGAGCUUUCUCUGUUCCGAAAUUUCGGACUUCUCUUACCUCUUUGGCUCCGACCACCCACUUCCAUUUAAUUCUGUGUCCAGAGCCUCAAGCUUCGGUUCCACUGGAACAACCUGCCCAAACCAGUCUCCAGACAAUCCAGCAGGGUACAGUAGUCUGUCCUGACACUUCUCCAAAGCAUCCCACUGAAGAAAUCCCUAGGAAGCGGAAGUGUAAAAGAGGCACUUGGACUCUCUGCAAGAGACUGUCAUGGAGUACACUGACUUUGAUGAAGGGGGUCCUCCAGAUCACCUGAUGAUGUCUGAUUUGCAGACAUCUUAGAACUUCUUAAACAAAGAAAGGGGUGGUUGGUCCCCCUACAACCCUUCUCAAGAGCAGUCAGUGUGCCUGGAGGCUUUUGGAGCUAGACCGUCUACCUCCUGGGUGACUCUGCCCAUUGACAAAUUUAUUGGUUUAGUCUCUAGAUGGACAUGGAAGGAACCUGACAUGACUGAGACAAUAUAGGAUCCUGGCACCACCUAAAGAUAGACCUCACUGGAAUAAGGAGUACAUGUUGAUGCCAUGGUCAUAGCAGAGGCCACUAAGAAGGAACUGGAAGAGCAGAGUUCCUCUGUCCACCCCCCUAACAAGCGAGUCUAGGGCAUUUGACAGAUUCGGGAAGCAUGUCUAUGCUUCAGCAACUUUUGCCCUUAGGUUGCUGAAUUACUUGGCACAUUUCACAAGGCUUCAGAGAGAUUUGAUUAAGGAGCGUUCCAGUCUCUCUCUGGGACCAUAUCCUUCAAGGAAAAGAGUACUAUUUCCUUGCAGUUGGCUGCCCUUCAGUCUUUUUCAAAUUUAUCAAUGAGGCUUAUCUCCCUCACAGCGGAAGGUACAUCGCAGGUGGCGAGUUCAGUCAUUUCCAUCAGAAGACAUGCUUGGAUGUGUUUGUGUGACUUUGCAGAACACUUCAAAUCUUACUUCGUCAGUGCUCCUUUUGACGGAAGUUCCUUAUUUGGCCCCAAAGUAAAAGACUCACUCUCUAGGUGUGAAUAGGAAGAAAACCCCCUGUCUGCUGUGGGAGUAUGUUUUUCGACCCUUCUAUGUUUUUUUUUUUUUUUUUUUAUCAGAACCAACGAGGUGGAUGGAAAAUAUGUUUCAAAAAAUCCAAGUUCCCUUCUGGGAUGUUCGGUGACUGGGGCAUUAUGAGUAAAGGGAGGAGCUUGAAAGUUUCAGUGUUCCACGAGCUGAAAGAAGUGGCCGAGUCGGAUCCUUGGAUUGGAUCUGAACCCAGCAGUUGAGGAAGAAUUAAAAUGGACAACACAGAUGGAAUGUUAUGAUGAGUGCAUAACCUUUUUUUUCUCUGAUGCACUUCACCGAAAUAAAGGCAAAACAAAUAACUGUAUUUUAUGACCGGAGGCACCUAAAUGAAUCCGAUUAGAAAUUCUUAAGUGCUGUCUGGUAAAGGGCUCCUCAUUCACCCAGAAAGCACAAAGAAUUUGUAUGAAUUCCUGCAUUAUUGUUCUGCACAUUGUUUUAAGAUUGCUAUUUCUAGUGUGCGGUUAUAGGCCAAGGUUUCACUUGUGCAGUACUAAAUGUUCAUAUUUUACUGUUUAUUUGAAAUCAUUAAAGAAUAACCAAGUUAGCAUUUUGCACUGAAUGAGCUCAAACAUCACAGUUUUGUACUCCUCCUACUGCUGCUUUAUGUUUUUGUCAUAAUUUACAUCCAAAAGUAGUCCUGAUAAUGCUGGGCCAUUACUUUGUGUAUAUAUGUACGCAGAGAUGUAGAUGUACAAACGCAUACACACACACACACACACGCACACACACAUACAUAUAUACUUACUGAGCACUCUGAUUAUGUUCCAAAACUGAGGAAAAAUAGCUUUGUUAUAGCAAGGUUCUUAUGUAUGAGUAUCAGUGUUAUAAAUAAACUAGCCAUGUGCUGCCACACAGAUAACAACAGUAAUUAUAGUACUGUAUCAGAAACAGACUAACAGCUAAAAAAGACAACUUACAUUGCACUGCUGUUUGACAGCAAGCAGCCAGAACCUACAUGCAUGUUAAAUUGACUAACAGCUGUUAAACACUUUGUACUGUUACGCUUUUUUUUUGUUAAACUUAUAAUAUAUUGGAGCUGCUAAAUUUCCCAGUGUAGUGCAAAGAAGUUUGAUUGAGUACACCCAAGAUGAAUUUCUUAUAUCUAUGUUUGAAACACAUUUAAGUCCUAGCUUCAGCAGUACUGAUAAAAAAGAAAAAAAUAGAGAGGGAAAGAAUUUCAACCUGAUUUGACAUUUGCUGCUGCUCUUUGCAUGCAUUAGACAUUGCAGGACUUUUGACAAACUAUUUGGCAGUCAUUGAUGAAUUCAUGUCUAUAGUUUGACUUAACUUUCAGUGAGAUCCGCUGCACUGAAACACACUUGCUGAAAGCCAUUUUCCAUGAACACUGAGUUGUUUUGUGCAGGGGUAAGCCCCCAUGCACCCCAUAUGUUGAGGGUCUCUGCCCAUACACACAUGCACACACACACACACACCAGACUUGUAUAAUGCCUACUGUACAGUUGCACAACAGUGGGGCAAAGUGCAAACUCCAUUAAUCCAGAAAACAGCUUUCAGUGAGUUUACGUCUUAGAACUCUCUGAAAGAAUGACAAGCUGUUGACAGUCCCAUUUUGGGUGCUACCUUACAACCUUAAAAAACACUAAUGUAUCUCAGUAACUAGCUGUGAUGGCAUUUGCAUUGUGGUGUGCUUAAACUGACUGUACCAGUUUAUUUGAAAAUGCAUGGUGCAAAAUGUUUCUGAACACAAUAGCUGCUAGUCCUCACUGUGCUCUCUGUUCAGAAAGUACAUUUUAUGGUGCCUGGAAAGACUUUUUGGCACAAGAAACAGCAGAAGAGAAAGAAAGGCUUAGUUUAUGUGGGGGGGGGGGGGAUUCCAUGCAUUAACUAAGUGAUGAUAGACUUUUCACUGCCACGCUGUGAAGGUGGUCCUUAUCCGUGUAAGAGCACAGUUUAGAGGUCAUGGUCUGCCCCUGAUGAGAGAAUGACUUGUGUUACCAAGUGAUAUUUGGGCCCAUGAAGACAGAAGACGUGAGACCUGAAUAUGUUUGAGCUAUUGUACACACCCCUAAACAUGUAAUUUGAAAAGCAGAACUAUAGCUUGCUCAUCUAGUGCCUGGUGCCAUUCCCUGAUCUGGCAUCCCACAACUGUACACUGAGCAUCACACACACUGGACUUGAUUCCUCGAUCUGCAGCUAUCAGCAGCAAAAAAAGUCAAUUUGCCAAUCUGGCACCUUAUCUUUAAGUUGGCACUCAACUCUACAUUGAGGAUCAAAGUAAGUUCCUCAAUUUGCACCUGUCAACAACAAAAAAAAAUGCAUUCCCUGGUCUGGUGCUCAUCCUCAGCUGUUCAUUGAGGAGUACCCAUCAAAUCAUUAAGGAGCAAAAAAAAAAGAUCCAUUUCCUCAGUUCUUUACAUUAAAGAAAGCAAGAUCCAUGUGGCAUCCCUCAAUUCUAACAUGAGGAUCAGAAAAGAAUCUGAAAAAGGUCAUCUGUCCAAGUUCAGGACCAAAAAAUAAAUAAGUAAAGAUCAUCUACUUUAAACUGUAACAAUCCAGUUACUACAAAUAUAAGUACAGUGUUUCAAGCAGUUUGCUAUAGUUACAGUACCACCUACUAAACACUUCAGCCCUUAUAACAGUUUCAGCAUUCAGAAGUGAGUGUCGGUACUGCAGUAAAACCUCAUCAACAACUGCUGAUCAUUGCCUCCCAUCUCCUUUUAACUGGUGCAGUUUCACCCAUCACUCUGCCGUAACUGUGGUUCUCUUGAAAAGGUCCUCUACACUAGGAAGAAACAAAGAACAGUAACCUAUAAAGCAUCAAGUUUAAUUUGCUCUGGCUGGUAUGAUUUCACAUACUGCUUGUGAUUUAUAGGAAUACUAAGAGAAAAAUUACAGCAUUUUAUUUAGUUUGACUUUGAAACAUGCACAUCAAGUUAGCAGUUGUCUAAAUAAAUCCCUUUUCCUUAUGAACAGUCAUUCUGCUUCCCCCUCCCCGCUCAGCUGUAGAACACACAUCAGCAGAGUGAUGUGCAUUAUUCCCUGUGACCUCUAAUCAUGUAUACUGUUAUAAAAAGCUAGUUUAGGUUACCAAGGUGUGAUCUGCUACACUAUUUGCUGAUGAGACUGGAACUCUCAAGUAGAAUAAAUUAAUUUCCUGCUUAUCUUUAUAAGAAUUGAAAAUGCUUCACUGCUGAUUCCAGUGCUUCCAAAACCAUCCAAGAGUUUUGCAGUGUGCCGCUACACACACACACACACACACACACACACACACACACAUAAUAUUACUAGAGGACAACAUAUAUCUAAUUAGUGAAUUUAAGAUUAGCAAGAUAUUGCUAUUACCCUAGCAAAGUAAUUAAAUGAUGUAUUAUUGCUGGAGAUAGCUACCCCAAUCCUGCAAUCCUCUCCUGAAGUGACGCACAGCCUCUUCAAAAAUUGUGCUGUCCUACUGUAUUUACUGUAUUUCCUCAAAGUCAUCAAAUAACCAAGUGGUUCUAAACCCUUACCUGUUAGACAGCAGCACCCAUCUUGAGCAAUCCAUUGUUAGAUGGAAGUGCAGUAUCCCAAGCGCUUAUGGUGAAGCUUAUGUGUUAGCAGUUGGAACUUUUAAGAGAUAAAGUAUACUCCUCGGGUAAUAUGUGAUGUUAUAUUUUGACUUCAAGGAUACAUACAACUAGUUCACUAAGUAGGUGUCAAGUGAUUUACAUUGUAUAGUUCCAUAUUCAACAGCCAAUAAUCUUUGUUUUGGCCAGAAAAGUUACUCUGAUGCUUAAAAUUGCAACUGGUGGAAUUUUGCUUUUAAUGAGAAAUGUUGCAAGAAAUUGAGAACCAAUGUUGCAGGUAGUACAGUUAUCAAUUUGUUUUUCACCUGCUUGGCUACCAUUGAUGACUAAAAGGAUCAUAGGAGGUUACUAGGCGAACUGCCCUAGAGCCUUUUAAGCCUAGCCAGGGCAUUUUGUUUUACUCUUUUGCUUGAUAUUGACAAGUGUCAGUGCUAUGUCUUUUUUAUUCAAAAAAUAAUAUUAAGAUGUUUACAAAGAUAAAAUGAGCUGAUGGUGGAUUGCAUUUUUAUUUUUGCAGUCUCUUGCAAGUGAUCUUAAUGAGUAGCCAGUAUGACAAUCCCAGCUAUAAUUUGCAUGUGGAGAUUUUCUUUAGCCUGUUGACCAAGUAUUAGUCCUUGUAACGCCAUGUUUUAUGGUCAGCAGGCAGAGGUGAGGUACUGUCUAUCAUACAUCUUUUUUGUUACUCCUACUAGCAGCCUAGAGUCUGCAGAGUGCUGGAGUCGUUUUUUUUCUUUGUUGUGAUUUGUUGUCUACAGCCUGUUGCCAAUGUGUGUACUUUUUUGCAUAUCAAAACUUUCUCCUUCCACGUGUUUUUUUUUUUUUUUGCUGGCCUUAUUGAAAAGGUACUUUUAGCUAAAACAAAAAAAUUGCAGCCUGUAUCCCUUGUUGCCCUGUCCAUUGACAGGACUGUGUGUCACACCUUCAACUAACCCACCCUCGACAGCAUUCGACAGAUUGUAGUGUUCAUCUAAUAGAUGGAGAAUACCAAGAUUUCGACUUCUUGGAUUUGGUUGACUCUGCUCUUUCUCAGUUAUAAUACCAGCUGAGCUUAGACAGAGAAGUUUACUUUGCAGGGUAUCCUUAGAAGCACUUUAACAAAAAUCUGCCCUUCCUAAGGUAUGUUGUCACUAAUGCCAGCAUGUAAGACUAUUGUAAUAAUUAUGUAUCAGCCUUAUUUAGUGCAGUGGCUAUCCUCCUCAGUGGUGACUUCUGGCUUUUCAUCCACCCUUAUAUAAAUGACCUGUAGCAACUCAGUUGUUAAGAUCUCUACUUCAUAGUGCUAGAAUCUGAGAUUCAGCCUAACCACUGGUCACUGUCUGUAUGGAGUUUGCAUGCUCUUAUGCCCUUGUGAGUUUCUUUCUAUUCUCUGUUAACUUCCACAAAACAAGUUUGUUGAUCAGCAGCUCUGAGAAUUGACCUUGUAUACAGUAUUUACCUUUUUACUUGUGGCCAGCAUCAUGGCCUAAAAGUGUCUGUGGACCUGUUCUCUCGUCCAAUUCACAAAUGAAGUCAUAUUUACUAGUACUUUAGGUUUCUUGUUUCUACGCCCUUUUCAGUUAUUUUACAUUUGAAAUGGAAGCUGCUGUUGUAUCCAUGCAUAUAUUUGUUGUAUUCAGACCCUUGCCAACAUGAGGAUGAAUUAGCGCUUUCUACAUGGCUUUGGUGGAACUCAGACAGAUCAAUUUUGUUCUGAAUGUACUACCUCUAAAAUAUUUUUGAAAGUGUUAGGAGCACUGAGGUGAUGACUGCAUGUGAAGUAUAUAGGAGUAGAUUUAUUUUCUGAGUUCAGAACCAGUUUAUUUAGUGCUGUUGAUGAGGUUUGCAAAGCUCUAUUGUAGGUACUCUUUGGCAUCCAGUUUGAAAGCUCAUUUGCUGGCUAAUAGGGUGCUUGCACUCUGUGGAGGUGUGAUGUCUGUUGCCAUCUUUGCACUAAUUAAGCUUAUGUGUUCUUUGAAAUGCUCAUUGAGGUUUUGCUUUGCGCACUGAAGCCAGCAGAUUUGAAUGGCAUCAGAAUUAGCAAGAGGUGACUGAUUUUUGUUUUGUAACAAUAUUAAUAUUAGUGACUUACAUUGGAUAGCAUUGUUGCCCCACAGCAAGAGGUUCUGCUGGUUAAUUCUUGGCUGGACUGCCAUCUAUGCAGAAUCUGCAUGCCCUCCCCUUGUUCAGUUGGGUUUUCUCCAAGUCUGCCGGUUUCCUCCUAUGUGCCAAAGAUAUGAGGUAGACUGAUUGGGGACUCUAAAGUCUCCCUAGGUAUGCUUGAGUUGUGUGUGUGUGUGUGUGUGUGUAUGUGUGUGUGUGUGUGUGUGUGUGUGUGUGUGUUGUGUUGUGUGUGUGAAGGCCUGGCAGUCUACGUACAUUCUCUACUUGCUUAGUAAACUAUAUGGAUGGUGGCAGCUGUUCACAUGGUCACUAUAGCAGCCAGAUGCAACUCAUGAGCAUGGAUGGAUAAAUAUACAUUUGCAAAAAAAGUGAGCAUUUCAGUUGUCUUGCCUUGUGAUGUACAGAUUAGGUACUGUCAUACUCCUUUUGUGUUGCCUGUUGUAAUCCUAGGCUCUUUUGAAUGCAUGGGUCAGUAAGUGGUGGGGUAAAGGGUGUACCAGGAGGCCAUAAAACAUCAUCUGUCUUUGCAGAGGGCUAACAAGCCAACAGAUAAUGUCUGGAACCAAUGCUGAUUCAUGUGUAAAAUGUGAAUUUACAGUGGAGGGACCAAGAGUCUGUUGUGUAUGUGGUCCUCUGCUGAAAUGGAGAUAAAGCCAUGUAAUGUGAGGGUGAGUUGUCACUCCGAGCACUUCUUCAGGUAUGCACUGUCUAGAUGCAUAACUUGAGGCAGCACACCCCAUUUCUGCUUUGAUACUAGAGCAAGAAUAAUGUACUAGUGGCUCUGCUAAGAGGUUUGGUUGAGGAGUAUCUGUGGAGGUACUCACUAGCCUUGUGUGAGGUGUUACCAACCAGGUGUUGUCACAUUCAAAAUCUAUAUUAAACUUGAGUAUUGUGGUUACCUCUGAUGAAAAUCAAAAUUACUGUGAAUUAGACAGUUGUCUAAGGGAUCGCAAACUAUAUGAAAAAGGAGAGAAAAAUAAUUGGGAGGUUUUCUGUACACUGGACUUCAGUUCUGCCUAAUUAGACCUCAGUAAGUAAGCGCAAUGCCAGGAAACAGUCUUAGGAUUAAUUAACUAAUGAUUAUUCUUCAAAGGCUACAUUCCUGCUUAAUUCAUGGCACAUUUUGCACCUUUUAGGGGCUUCUAACCAAGUAUUUAUGACUGGGUCCAUAAAAAGAAGAGGGUAAAAGCCAUGUUGAAAUUUGUAUUUUAAUCAUUUGUGUGUUAUUGUACCACUGUAAUGCCUUCAUACAUAAGAGGCAUCCCACUGUGAUAAAGCUACUUUAAAAGUAUUGUUCUGUUUUUUUAAAUGUCAAGGUUCCCUGCACUGUGGUUGUAAGAUAUAUUAAAUAUGCAGGGUUCUGAUCUUCUUUAUAUUAUCAGGAAUGUGCAAAAUGUCAUUUGAGCAGAAUUGUUAAUAAAAAGGAUUCUGACAAUUA